CUCCUCUCCAGGCUGGCCUGCCACUUCUCCUGCUAUGAUGCCUGGGCAGAUUCCAGACCCUUCAGUGACCGCAGGCUCUCUGCCAGGGCUUGGCCCCCUGACCGGACUCCCCAGCUCGGCCCUGACGUUGGAGGAGCUGAAAUACGCUGACAUCCGCAACAUCGGGGCCAUGAUCGCGCCCUUGCACUUCCUGGAGGUGAAGCUGGGCAAGAGGCCCCAACCAGUGAAGAGUGAGCUAGAUGAGGAAGAGGAGCGGAGGAAAAGGCGCCGGGAGAAGAACAAGGUGGCAGCGGCCCGGUGCCGGAAUAAGAAGAAGGAGCGCACAGAGUUCCUGCAGCGGGAGUCGGAGCGGCUGGAGCUCAUGAACGCCGAGCUCAAGACGCAGAUUGAGGAGCUGAAACAGGAGCGGCAGCAGCUGAUCCUCAUGCUGAACCGGCAUCGCCCCACCUGCAUCGUGCGCACCGACAGUGUCAGGACUCCCGAGGCCGACGGCCACCCGCUGCUGGAGCAGCUCGAGAAGAAGUGACCGUGGGCUGGGAGGAAGAGGAAGAGGACGAUGACGACGACAAGGAAGAGAGACACAGAGGGAGGAGGAAGGGGCCUGGAGGGGCCCUGCUUGGUGCAUGGAAACCCGGACCAGGCUCAGCAAGACAGCCCCGGCCGGGCUUUUUCUUUCUUUCUUUCUUUCUUUUGUGAAACUCAGAUUGGCUCCCUGAGGUGGGGCAGGAGUGGGCCGAAGAAACCCAGAGGGACCAAGGGCUGAGACCAAAGUCGACCUGCAGGCAGGGCGGUCCAUCCUGCUAGGAGUCUCGCUGGGAGGAGGCAGGACCAAAGGGGUCCCUCCACCAGGACCUGGGAGCACCCAGGAGAAGCCGGGAGUUGCAACCCGCAGGCGGCCGAGGAUGGAACACAGAGGGAACCCGCCAUUCACCGGCCCCUGGCCCUGCGGUGAGGCUGGUGAGGGGGUGCCAUGCCGGGUCCUGAAGCCCUGUCCGGAGGAGGCGGCCGCUGGCUGCUUGGCCACCAGCCCUGCUGGAGCUUGCUGCCGGCUCGGAGGCGCGGGCGCCUGUUCCAAAGCACAUACCCACUGAAUGUUUACAGACUGGCUGUCCGGGCAGGGCUUCCAACUGCACAUGUUGUUGUUGUUGUUGUUUUUAUAUAUAUAUAUAUAUAUAUACUUUUUUUUAAUAUUUUUUACAAAAAAAGAUUUUAUACAAGCAAUCUAUAUAUGGAUUUCUAUAAUCACGCGAUGUGAUACAGUAUAAAUAUGUUAUGGUUUGUUUGAACAGACACCCUCUGCUCCCCCCCGCCCCAGUUAUGGCCGUUGUGUGUAUCUCCUAAGUACUGUAGUGUCGGGGUGCUGGGGUGGCCAGGGCGAGGUUGGGGUGCCUUUCCAUCCUUCACACCCUUCAUAGUACUCAGUAAAUAUUGCUCUUCGUUA